AUGGACGGCACCGCCUUCCCUCGGGGCCUGCCGCCAGGUGCGCCUCCUGCCGGACCCGGAUCCAAGUCGAGACCCGGUCACCCUGAGGACCCUGUCUCGGUCGCUCGGCAGUCGCUCUUCACUCCUCCGCGCUCAGGGGCCCUCACGGUGACUGUGCUGCUGGCCGCUAACCUGACUGGCAGCCACAAGCUGAAGCCGCUAGUCAUCGGGCAGCUGCCAGACCCGCCCAGCCUGCGGCACCACAACCAGGACAAGUUCCCGGCCUCCUACCGCUACAGCCCCGACGCCUGGCUCAGUCGCCCUCUGCUGCGGGGCUGGUUCUUCGAGGAGUUCGUGCCCGGCGUCAGGCGCUACCUGCGCCGCAGCUGCUUGCAGCAGAGGGCGGUGCUGCUGGUCGCCCACCCGCCCGGCCCGAGCCCGGCCGCCAGGGUGCCCGCCCUGCAGGAGAGCGAGGAGACCCCCAGGCGGUUCCGGCCUGAGCCUCUUGGCCCCGCGGAGGAGCUGCAGACCCCCGACGGGGCCGUGCGAGUGCUGUUCCUGUCCAAGGACAGUGGCCGGACGCACAUCCCGGCGCCGCUGGAGCAGGGCGUGGUGGCUGCGUUCAAGCAGCUGUACAAGCGGGAGCUGCUCCGCCUGGCGGUGUCCUGCGCGGGCGGCUCCCCGCUGGACUUCGUGCGCAGCUUCAUGCUCAAGGACAUGCUCUACCUGGCCGGCCUCUCCUGGGACCUGGUGCAGGCCGGCAGCAUCGAACGGUGCUGGCUGCUGGGCUUGCGAGCUGCCUUCGAGCCUCAGCCAGGGGAUUGCGCUGGGCAGCGCGCUGGGCAGGCUGAGGCCGAGCACAGCAGGGUGCUCAGCGACCUCACCCACCUGGCAGCCCUGGCCUACAAGCGCCUGGCACCUGAGGAGGUGGCCGAGUGGCUGCACCUGGACGACGAUGGGGGGCUGCCUGAGCGCUGCAGAGAGGAGGCAGGCCCUGGCCGGCCCCCUGCACUGGCCCCUGUGGCCCCUCUGUCCCUUGGCAGCCUACCCUCUGUCAUGGAGGAUGGGGAAGAGGAGGCGGCCGCCAUGCCCACCGCUGGGGAGGCCGUGCGGGGUCUGGAGACAGCUCUCCGGUGGCUGGAGAGCCAGGACCCGCGGGAGGUGGGGCCCCUGAACCUGGUGCAGCUGCGCUGCCUGAUCAGCACAGCCAGGAGGCUGGGGGGCAUGGGGCCCUCGUCCCCAGCAGCCCCUGACGACGGGGUGUGACAAGCCAGGCCUAUUGCCCAGGGGCCUUGGUCCUGUCGCACCUGGAGGAGGGGGCACAGUCCCCUCUGCCCUUCCCGGAGUGGCCACCCCAUGGCUGGGGGUUACGGGAUCCCUGCCCCCACAGGCUUGGGGGGCUCUGUUGGUGACGGCUUGUCCUGCUCCACUGGUCCCUCUCCUGGAGGAGCUGGAAGAGAGGCCCCUGCUCCUGCUCCCCCCUGUGGGAGCCGGGAGGUCUGCGGCUCAGCCAGGACCCCUCCCUCGCACACUGGCUGCACACACCAGGGAACCUGUCAGCACAGCACAGCUCACUGUUCCUGCCCUGGCCACCAGGACCCAGGCCUCCCCCAUGGCCCAUCAGCUUGCACUGGACAAGGAACGGCCUAGCCCGGCUGUCCACCCUGAGCCUCUGUGCUGUGGGAUCCUGUGCCACAGCCACAGCCACAGCCACGGCUUCUCAGUGGGGAGGCACGACCCUUGGGUUUUUAUCACAUUACGGCCGUUUUUACAGAUACUUGGGGGCGGGGGUGGUCUCAGUCCGCAGCCUGGGUCCAGCCUCGCUCGGGUCUGGGAGACGGUGCCCAGCAAGCAGUCCUCCUAACGUUCUGGAUGCAGCAGGAGCAUCUGUUCCACUCUGACGUCUAAUUUUCCUAAGAAAAUACAUUCUCCGAGCAGCUCUCUUGUUCCGUGGGGUUGGCAUGCAACUGGAUCUGGGCCCUGGUGACCUGACCAAUGACUGGACAAGCUCGCUGGACUCUCCCAGAAGCCACAGCCCACUUUGUCCAGGCCCAGGACCCAAGGCCACUCACCCACCCACCGACCGGAACAGGGAACAGGCUCCUGACAGCCACACGGAGCCACCCUGCAGUGCCUUAGCCCUCAGGCGCCUCCCCUUGCUGGCAGCUGGCACGGCCAGGGCCCCGCCCGGCACCUGGACGUCUGGGUGGCGGUGUAAAGCUUCCUGCGUUUCAGCCCAUCUCUUACAGGGUCUGCUGCCCUGUCCACUCGAUUCAGAUCCCUGCCCCUCCUGGGAGCUGCCUUUGCAGAGACACUGCCGGUCCUGGCCCCAUGUCAUCGUGGUGGCCAGAGGCUGCAGACGGGUGUUGGUGGAAUGACUGCCCCUGGGAUGGCCACUAGAGGGCGCCCCCGAGCAGGUUUCACACAAGUCCAAGACCAUGAACUUAGGACUCCCCCAGUGCACACACACCUCAAAUCUGGAAGUGAGGGAGGGUGUGGAGAAUGGGAGCAGGGGAAGGGCGGCCGCCCCUGCCAGCUGUGGAGCCUGCACACCCAGGGGGCCUCUGCAGUCAGACCCGCCCCCAGGAGCCCUGCCUGUUACAGACUUUGACCAGAUGGGCAGCAGGCGAGGGUGCACGAGGUUCCAGGCAGCCUCUGGCCAAGGCUUCCAGCCCUUGUAGCCCUCGUGGGCCUGUGCAGGGGGUGCUGGCGUCCAUGAGGCCCUGUCAGAUUUCUUGCAUGGGAGCCAAGGCUGCACCCCAGGAGGAGGCUCGGGCCUGUCUGGGGGCCGAGUGGGCACUGGGUAAAGCAAGGCCAGUCCGCACUGGCCUGGGGCCUGAGAAGCUAGUUUGAGUGCCAAGUGGGGGUCUGGAGGCUGUGGCUUUGCUGGACAGGGGACACCCUCAUGAGGCCUGUAAAGGUGUCCCCUCCGAAAUGGAGGCAUGGGGGUGCCUUGGGGUGGAGGCUGCAGGUGCCCGGCCGUGGUCCUGGCGUGCCCUGGGCCCCAUCCUGGUGCCGCGGGUUCAGUCACGUCUCCCUGGGCUAAGCUCCGUGUGAAGUCAUAGGGCACCUGCCAGGGGCUGUCUGUGGGGGACCCGAGUGCAGCAAAAGCUGAAACGAACCCCAGGUUGUGGCCUCAUCCACAGCCUGCCCCUCACUGUAUCUGCUGGGCCCGAGGGCAUCUGAGCUUGUCACCGGGUUUGUGAUGACCUGAGAGUGAGCGGGGUCUGGGUUGAUGCUGCUCGAAUCCCUCAUCCACCGUCUGCAAGCGGGAAACCUGCCUGGAGGAUCGCACGCUCCCUGCCUGGCACAGGGGCCCUGCAGCCUGGAAGGCGCGGGGACAAAGCCAUCAGCCCCCUCCUGUUCACAAUCCUUGACGAAGGCACUGCUCUCCACACAGCAGCCAGGGUCAGGGUCAGGGUCACCGUGGGAGACCCCCUCCAUGCGUUUGGCAGUGCGCAGGGGAGGUGUGUGCACAGGCUUCUGCUGAAAGCACCCCUGACCAAGUGGCUUUUGGGGGGGGGGGGGUGAGGCCAGGUUGCAACAGUUGGCGGGAGGGGCACUGCUUGGGAAGUGGCCCUCCAGACGUCAACAGCAGAUGAACGACCUGAGUGAAGUGGGAGAGGAAGGGGAGGGCCUCAAGCUGGGAGGCCCAUCACCCAGGGGCCCCAGCCCAUUGGCCCACGUGCAGGUCGGGCUGGCGAGAAGAGCCCAGGUGGGAGCAGGGCCCCGGCCGCUUGGUCCUUGGUAAGGGUGCUCCGGGCGAGCCUGGCUCUGGUGCUGUAUACCUGAGGGUGCUGUGGGCAGCCUGCUCUGAGGGGCAUGUUCACACCUGGCCUCGCUGAAGGCGGAGUUCACCUGCUCAGAUGAGCCCAGUGGAUUUGGUAAUAAAGGCUGAACUGCCACCUUCACACACA